ACCUUAAAGUAAACCUAUAUUUUUUCGCGACUUAGUGCUCGCGUCGCGUUGAUAUUAUUAUUGAAUAUUUUUCGAAAGAACUUAUUAAUUUAUUAGGAACAUUGAGAUACAUAUCCUAUCAGGUUCUAUAUCAUAUUUUUAAUAGUUUAAUCAUGGAAUCACCUGUUUCGGCGUUUGCUAUUUACAAAUCUCAUAAAGCAAAUAACAAACAGAAGAAAGAGUCUAAGAAAGCUAGGAAAAAUAAAAAUAAAUAUCCAACUCCAUCAAGACCGCUUACCGAAGAACUUCGUGCUGAAACAGUUAUGAAUAUUGGAAAGAAACUUAAGCAACAAAACAAAAAAAUCAAAGACUCAAAAAACUUAAUCAAGAAGAAGUCACAUAAAAAGAAAAAAAAUAAGCUAAGUGAGAAGUUUAAAAAUCAUAAAAUAAAGUCUGACGUUAGUGCUAAUCUGUCUGAUAAUGAAGAUAUUCCUGUUCUUAUACCAGGUCCUUCUAAGCCAAUAGCUAGUGCAUUAGAUAAUACUGAUAAUUGUUCACACUCUAGUGAUGGUAUAGAAUUUAUCCCAGUGCAAACUGACAGCUCAGAAGAGGGUCUCAAGCUUUUCAAAUGGAUGAUAGCACCUUAUAAUCCUGAAGAAUUUCUGAACAAAAUUUGGGAAAAGAAACCCUUGCAUAUAUCAAGAAAGAAUUCUAAUUAUUACAAGGAUUUAAUUACAACACCCAUGAUAGAUAAUAUGUUAAGGAAUGAGAGUAUACAAUUUACAAAAAAUAUUGAUAUAACUUCAUAUAUUGAUGGCAAGAGGGAAACACACAAUCCUGAAGGAAGAGCUCAUCCACAUUUGGUAUGGGACUUUUAUUUGAAUGGUUGCAGCAUUCGUUUGUUAAAUCCACAGACUUAUAUUCCUCAAUUACAUUUGCUAAAUGCAACACUACAAGAAUUCUUCAACUCUUUUGUUGGUGCAAAUGCAUAUUUAACCCCACCUGAUAGUCAAGGAUUUGCUCCUCAUUAUGAUGAUAUUGAAGCAUUUAUCCUUCAAACUGAAGGUAAAAAACACUGGCGUAUUUAUAGACCUAGGGAAGAAAAUGAAGUAUUACCUCGAGUUUCUUCAAAGAAUUUUAGUGAUGAAGAAAUUGGUGAACCUAUUCUUGAAAUUACAUUAGAAGCUGGAGAUAUGCUGUACUUUCCGAGGGGUUAUAUCCACCAAGGCAUCACUAUAAAUGGUGAGCAUUCGCUGCAUGUUACUAUCAGUAUGUACCAGAAACAUUCAUGGGCUGAUUUGUUUGAGAAAAUGAUUCCUGCAGCACUCCAAAUGGCAGUUACCGAAAAUAUAGACCUUAGAAGUGGACUACCAUUUGAUCUUUAUGAUAACUUUGGUUUAGUUCAUUCAGAUGCUAACACACCAAGAAAAGCUGAGAUAAUGCAAAUUAUCUUGACAAAAUUUGAUAAAAUUAAGCAAUAUUUACCAAUCAAUGAAGCUGUUGAUCAAAUGGGUAAGAAUUAUCAAAGAGAUGCACUACCUCCUGUUUUGAGUGAUGUAGAAAAAGCUGUGACAGUAUUUGGAGAUACAGAUGUUAUGAUUGAUGGGGGUAAAGUGAUAAAUAGAGUGGAAAUGAGUUUAGAUACUAAAAUAAGAUUGUUACGUAAGAAUAUACUGAGGAUGGUAUCAGAGGAUUGCAUAAGGCUUUAUUAUUAUGCUGAAAACUCUUUAGAAUACCAUGGAAAUGAACUGACAUUUUUAGAGAUUGAUGAUGAUAUGGCGCCUGCUAUAGAAAAUUUAAUAAUAUCUUAUCCAGAGUAUGUAAGUAUUGAAAACUUAGAUUUACCAAAUGAUACUGACAAGUUGCAAAUAGCUGAUGCUCUAUGGAACAGAGGAUUGAUUAUGACUGAAUAUCCUUUGGAAAACAUAGAUGAGGAAUAAACUAUUUUCAAUAACUUAAGUACAAAUAUAUUUUUCUAAAUACCCUGUAACCAUUAUGUGAUUCAAAUAUGCUAUUUUGCUCAACAUAUUCCAUACUAAAUAAACAGUAACAAACAUAAAGAACACAAUCGAAGUCGAUAAUUGAUUUGAAUGGAUUUGAUUUGAAACACUAUUACAAGUAAUAUGUAUAUCAUACUAUUAUAAUAUGAUAAUAAUAAUAAUAUUGACACACUUUUUACACAAAUUAUCUUGCCCCAAGUUAAGCAUAUAUAGCCUGUGUUAUGGGUUACAAGACAAUCAUAUAUUUAAUACAAUAAUAAUAAAUUCAUAUAAACAUACAUAAAUACAUUUAAACAUCCAUGACUCGGAAUCAAACACCCAUAUUCAUUAUAUAAAUGCUUGCACCUACCGGGAUUCGAACCCGGGACCUCUAGCUUAGUAGGUAGGAUCACUAACCACUCGGCUAUACAGGUCGGUCCUUUUUUUUUUAAAUAAUAUGAUGUCUCAUAUAAUAAAACUGUGUUUUAGCAAUAGCAACAUAUGGAAUAUUGGAUUUAUAGUCCAAAAUCAACCUUUUCGGGUGUUUUGUCUCUCUAAAUAGCAUAUGGCAAGCAAUGUUACGUUCCUGCACAAUUUUUUGUAUACCUCUGUGGAGUGUUUGAUUCUAUCUGUUCAAAGCUAUACCCACAUUAUUUGCCUUCAUUCUAUUAUAACUUCAAAGGGACAUAGCACUCCUCAAUAACAAAAUAAAAUUAGAAAUCGAAUGAGGUUGUGUGGAUUUCGUCAUUAAGUUAAUUAUCUUACUCGGUACUCAAGGGGGUUAUCAUGUUUACAUGGGCUAUAAUAUCAGUAUUCAGUAUACAGAAUUGAAUAACUUACUAAAUUUAUUGAAUGAGCUAAUAUUCUGGCAAAGCAAAGACACUCUGCAAAACUUUAAUUAUGUUGAAAAUCAAAUGCAUCAAAAUUCUGUCAAACCAAAAUAAGUGAAUACUCUAAACAACAUAAUUAAAAUUACAUUAUGUAUUUAAUUUAAUUUAUAAAUGUAUAAUUUUAUACCUACAUAUUA